UCAUUCAAUCAUAAUCCUCGUUCGUCCAAAACAAAAUCAAGAUUUCAAUUCUUACAAAUUUGCAGCAGAUAUGAUCAUCUACUGUUGCCCUAAUUCCCAAUUCUGCCCAAACCCUAAAACCCUUUCCCUCGCAAACAAUAAACCCAAAUUUCCCACCAAAAACCGGCCGGUCCGUGUCCAGGCCCGGUUCGCCCCGGAAAUACAGUCGCAGCAGUCACUGUACGAACUGCUGGGAAUCGCAGAGAAGGGAAGUACAUUUUCCGACAUAAAAAAAGCGUACAGAAGUAUGGCUAGAAAGCAUCACCCGGACGUUUCUCCACCGGACCGGGUCGACGAGUACACCGGCCGGUUUAUUCUCCUGAACCGGGCCUACGAGACGCUGUCCGAUCCGGACUCUAGGGCUUCGUACGAUAGAGCUCUAGCCAAUGGGAUUCCUUAUUCUUACUCUUCUUCAAAUCUUCGAACUACGAAUUCAACACGGCCGUGUUGCCAUGAAAAUAUGGAGUGGAAAAUGCGGUGGCAGUCGCAGCUGGAUGAGCUACGGCGGCGGAAAUCGGACGGCGGUAAUUGUUGCAGUUGGGGAUCCCGGAUGCGAGCGAAGUGGUCCCGGGACUCCGGGUCCAGAUGAAGAUUGGAUGUGUCUGGACAUGACAGGCGGGAUUUAGUAACAGUGUCGAGUCACCGACAUGGAAUCAGACAGACUGAGUAAAGCAUAUAUAAAUGUGUAAUGUCAAAUGUAUACAGAAUGGGGAAGAUUAAAAAAACAAAAAAAAAGGAAAAGUUUCUAGAUGCUGACUUUAUUUUAUUUGUUUAUUUAAUGAAAUAAUUUUACUGUUUUACUA